AAAAGCCUUCAGAAAAAGUGAGACUCGAGUGAAGAGCAAAUCAGAACUGAUUUCGCGAUUUAAUACACAAUUCAAUGAAUGAAUGAAUGAAUGAAUACAUGAAAAAAGUUUUUCAUAUAAAAAGUGUGUGUUUUGUAUGAAUUGAUGUCAUAAACAGUUUGUCCCAAACUUAACAACCAUUUCGUCCACAAAAUCAAAGUUAUAUUCAAUUGAUUUGAAUAUUUUGUUAACAGAAUUUGAAUUAUAUUUUGCAAUCAUUUUGUGAGAUAUAAGUGAAGAGAUUGUGUGAAAGAGUGAAUCCAUUGAUUAAGUUGUGAAAAGUUUGAAUCCCUAUAACCUGUAAGCGAUGGCACCCGAGAGGAAAGUAACGGUCAGUCGUUCCGACCAUAACCUCAUUGACCAGGAAUUCAGUUCAAUUCGCGAGAGGUUUGAAAGCGAAAUGAGGAAAAUGGAGGACGAGAUGAACCGAUUCCGCGGACAACUCAUCGACAAAGAGUCCUCAAUCUUCGGACCCAACGUCUCGUCGAGUGUCACCGAAAAGAGAUCCUCUCAUUCGACCACUUCUUCGUCGGAUGUGAGAGACUCGGGAGCGAAGGGAACGGGCGGUGAACUGACGUCUUGGUUGGAUGGACUCAAUUCACCGCUCAUUCAGGACUCGGGCGACGGGAAAGUGUUGAAACUGCGGUUCGAUGUCACCCAAUACGCGCCCGAAGAGAUCGUCGUCAAGACUGUCGACAAUCGACUUCAGGUUCACGCAAAACACGAGGAGAAGAGCGAUAACAGAAGUGUUUACAGAGAAUACAAUCGAGAGUUUCUUUUGCCCAAAGGAACAAAUCCAGAGCUGAUCCGAUCGUCGCUCUCCAAAGAUGGUGUUCUUACAGUUGAAGCGCCCGUUCCGGUGGCUAUCGAUGGCGGACAGAGACGUAUUCCCAUUGACAAGAAGUGAAGACAAUUGCACUGAACAUAAUAUGUUAUCAUUAGAUAAAACUAAUAAACAGUGCCAUUAAUUACAAAAUUAAUUAUCGAUUAUAUCUUAUAAAAUUAAAAAUUUAUAAACAGAUCUUAUUUUUAUUUCACUAAUAUUUUACUCAUAAUUACACUUUAAAUGACUUAAACAGCAUUUAACUCACCAUUAAUUGCAUAUUAUUUGUUACAUAAAUAACUUAUUUUCUAAUUAGGAAUUUAAUUAAAGUUUGAUAAUUUUACGGUAUU